UUGAUUCAAAACUGCCAGCGGAGAAUAUGCUGGAAAACCUGGUGCUGGAAAGACUUUUGGUUUCAUGAGUGAAGGAAAUUAUUAGAAAAUUGCUUUGGUCAAUAUUUCACCAAGUGAGGUGCCUUUCUAACUUUGAAGAUGACAACAACACUGCCAGUGCUGGAAGAGGAAUUGGCAUCUGUUGACAGUGAACUGCAGGCUCUGGAGAUCCAGGUACAAGAACUUCUUGAACAUCAGCAGGCGCUCAUUCAGAAAAAGACAGUGCUAAAGAAGAAAAUAAAACAGUUUUCUGACUCAGAGAGCGGGAGCAGCAAAGAUGCUGAAUCAGCAGCAGAAGACUGGAACAAGGAAGAUUUUUCAUGGUCUGCAAACGUCAGAGAUGCGUUACAAAAUAACUUCAAGCUUCGAAAAUUUAGGCCUUUGCAAUUGGAAACAAUCAAUGUUACAAUGGGCGGAAGGGAUGUAUUCCUUGUCAUGCCUACUGGAGGGGGAAAGAGUCUCUGUUAUCAGCUGCCAGCAGUAUGUUCUGACGGCUUCACACUUGUGAUUUGUCCUCUGAUCUCACUAAUGGAAGACCAGCUAAUGAUGUUGGAGCAGCUGGGAGUUUCUGCGACUUUACUAAACGCCUCAAGCAGCAAGGAACAUGUGAAGUGGGUUCAUGCUGAAAUGCUGUCUCGCAGUUCGGAACUGAAACUCAUUUACGUGACCCCGGAGAAGAUUGCGAAAAGCAAGAUGUUUAUGUCAAAGCUGGAAAAAGCUUACCAAGCAGGAAGGCUUACGCGCAUUGCAGUGGAUGAGGUUCACUGCUGCAGCCAGUGGGGACACGACUUCAGGCCUGAUUACAAGCUGCUUGGUAUCUUAAAGCGGCAAUUUCCUAAUGCUCCAUUGAUUGGGCUGACAGCGACUGCAACAAGCCACGUUCUGCACGAUGCUCAGAAAAUUCUUUGCGUCCAGAAGUGCAUCACUUUCACGGCAUCAUUUAAUCGGCCCAACCUAUAUUAUGAGGUUCGACAAAAGCCAUCAGCUGCUCAGAAUUUCAUUGAGGACAUAGUCAAACUCAUCAAUGGAAGAUACAAAGGCCUUUCAGGAAUUAUCUACUGCUUUUCCCAGAAGGAUGCCGAACAGGUUACUAUGAAUUUACAGAAGCUGGGGAUUAAAGCAGGUACCUACCAUGCCAACAUGGAACCCAAAGAUAAGAGCAGAGUUCACAAGCGAUGGUCUGCCAACGACAUUCAGGUGGUAGUGGCCACCGUUGCCUUCGGCAUGGGAAUCGACAAACCAGACGUGAGGUUUGUAAUACACCAUUCAAUGAGCAAAUCCAUGGAAAACUAUUACCAAGAGAGCGGGCGUGCAGGUCGGGAUGACCAGAAAGCCGACUGCAUCUUAUAUUACGGUUUCGGGGACAUAUUCAGAAUCAGCACGAUGGUGGUGAUGGAAAACGUAGGGCAACAAAAAUUGUACGACAUGGUUUCAUAUUGCCACAACAUGAGCAGAUGUCGCCGAGUUCUCAUAGCACAUCACUUUGACGAGGCCUGGGACUCCGCCAACUGCAACAAAAUGUGUGAUAACUGCUGCCGAGAGGAGUCAUUUGAGAAGAUGGAUGUGACAGGGCACUGCCGGGAUCUUGUCAAUAUUUUAAAGCAAGUGGACCAAAUGAGAGAGAAAUUCACUCCUCUGAAGCUGAUUGAUGCCUGGCUAGGGAAGGGUUUGUCAAAACUGGGAGUAGAUGUUGUUUCUCCCAAGCUUCCCCGGGAUGCACUGGAGAGAAUUGUUGCCCAUUUGAUACUGCAGCAGUACCUGAAGGAAGACUUCAGCUUCACAGCAUUUGCUACAAUAUCCUACGUGAAGAUAGGACCCAGAGCUGAUCUUCUGAAAAACAAGACUCAUGUUAUCACGAUGCCAGUGGUAAUGAGCAAAAACAGUAUUGCUAAGGUCAAAUCUCCAUUAUCCAGCCUAGGAGGCUCAUCUGGAAAGAAAACGGAUGUUGCACGUAAAAAAAGGGGAAGUGAACAUAAACCGCCUCAUUCAGAGAAACACGUCCAAGCAAAAAAGAUUAAAAUGGAAGAGGAAGAGGAGGACGAUGACGACGACUUGCUGUUCAUCGAUGAUUCCUAGAGUAUUUUGUUUGUUACUUUUCAACUCCAAAAUAAAUUGGGAGCUGCAAGAAAUGCCAAGAAAGCAACAGGGCUGGACAAGGACAGAAUUUGCCCCCAAGGCUGCUAGGCCCUCACUCAUCACAUCACCAGGCUUGUGGCAUUGUAUGGGUUUUUCUAGGUCUCCCUUAUCCUAGCCCUUGUUUUGGAUUAUAACGUAAGUGUGAUGGCUGGCUGGACAGGGAGUUGAUGGGUAGGACUCUGCUUUCCACCAGAAAUACAAGGAAACAUGACUUUGUUCUUAAAAUCCAUUAUGUAACCUCCUUAAACUGCCUUGAAUAUCUUGUUCUGAGUCGGGAUGUAAAUAAUACACAUUCACCACAAUUCAUGGUAUUUGUAAGGACUACUAAGAUAUUGCAUGACUUUGCAUACUCAAAAAUGUUGUAUAUAUGCUAUGUAUUAAAAUGUUUCUUGUCCCACAAAU